CGGAUUGACACCUUCCAGAGCCGUCCCGAAGACAUCGUGGUGGUCACCUUCCCCAAAUCUGGCACCACCUGGGUCGAGAUUGUGGACAUGAUCCUGCAAGGCGGUGACCCUGAGAAGUGCAAGCGGGACAUCAUCUCCAAGAGGGUGCCCAUGCUGGAGUUUGCUGCCCCUGGGGAGAUGGAAGCAGGGACGGACCUGCUGGCCACCAUGCCCUCACCUCGUGUUAUAAAGACUCACCUUCCUAUACGUAUCCUGCCCAAAUCCUUCUGGGAAAACCGCUGCAAGAUGAUCUAUGUAGGGCGCAACGCCAAGGAUGUGGCCGUCUCCUACUACCACUUCGACCUGAUGAACAAGUUCCAGCCUCACCCCGGUACGUGGGCCGAGUACCUGGAGAAGUUCAUGGCUGGCAGAGUGGCAUAUGGCUCCUGGUACCACCCAGACAAGGACUACUGGGAGCAGCAGAACUACCUCUUCUACGAGGACUUGAAGGAGAACCUCCGCCAGGAGAUUGCCAAGGUGGCCCAGUUCCUGGGGCGGAAUCUGUCGGAGGCAGCGCUGGACACCAUCACCCAACACACCUCCUUUGAGGCCAUGCGCGACAACCCCACCACCAAUUACACCAUGGUGCCCUCCCACCUCAUGGACCACGGUGUCUCCCCUUUCAUGCGCAAAGGCAGCACCGGAGACUGGAAGAACCACUUCACUGUGGCCCAGAGCGAGCACUUCGACCAGGACUACAUGCAGAAGAUGUCGGGCACCGACCUGCGCUUCCGCACCCAGAUUUAA